AGCAGCAGCAGCAGCGGCAGCGGCAGCGGUGGUGGCGGCGGCGGCAGCGGCGGUGGCUGGAGCCGGGGGAGCCCGGCGAGGCCAGGGCUCCAGGUCCGCUGCUCGGGCGGGACGAUGAAGCGGCAGAACGUGCGCACGCUGGCGCUGAUAGUCUGCACCUUCACCUACCUGCUGGUGGGCGCCGCUGUGUUCGACGCGCUCGAAUCGGAGCCAGAAACCACCGACCGGCAGCGGCUGGAGCUAAAGCAGCGGGAGCUCCGGGCGCGCUACAACCUCAGCCAGGGCGGGUACGAGGAGCUGGAACGCGUGGUCCUGCUGCUCAAGCCUCACAAGGCCGGCGUGCAGUGGCGCUUUGCGGGCUCCUUCUACUUCGCCAUCACCGUCAUCACCACCAUCGGCUACGGUCACGCGGCCCCCAGCACAGAUGGCGGGAAGGUGUUCUGUAUGUUCUACGCCCUGUUGGGCAUCCCCCUCACGCUGGUUAUGUUCCAGAGCCUGGGGGAGCGCAUCAACACCUUUGUGAAGUACCUGCUGCACAGGGCCAAGAAGGGGCUGGGGAUGCGGCGGUCGGACGUCUCCAUGGCCAACAUGGUCAUCAUCGGCUUCUUCUCCUGCAUCAGCACCCUGUGUAUCGGAGCGGCCGCCUUCUCCUACUACGAGCACUGGACUUUCUUCCAGGCCUAUUAUUACUGCUUCAUCACCCUAACCACCAUUGGUUUUGGGGACUAUGUGGCCCUGCAGAAGGACCAGGCUCUGCAGACUCAGCCCCAGUACGUGGCCUUCAGUUUCGUGUACAUCCUUACGGGGCUGACGGUCAUCGGCGCCUUCCUCAACCUUGUGGUCCUGCGUUUCAUGACGAUGAACGCGGAGGACGAGAAGCGGGACGCCGAGCACCGGGCCCUACUGACCCGCAACGGGCAGGCGGGAGGCAGCAUCCACACCACAGACACGGCGUCCUCCACCAUCGCGGGGAGCGGGGGCUUCCGCAACGUCUAUGCUGAGGUGCUUCAUUUCCAGUCCAUGUGCUCCUGCCUGUGGUACAAGAGUCGAGAGAAGCUACAAUAUUCCAUCCCUAUGAUCAUCCCCCGGGACCUGUCCACCUCUGACACCUGCGUGGAGCAGAGCCAGUCAUCCCCCGGCGGUGGCCGCUACGUCGACACUCCUUCUCACCGUUGCCUCUGCACGGCCCAGCGCUCCGCCAUCAGUUCUGUCUCCACUGGUCUGCACAGCCUGUCCACGUUCCGUGGCCUCAUGAAACGCCGCAGCUCAGUGUGACCGGGGGGCUGGUUGUGGGUCAGGCUAAAAAGCCGACCCACUCACACAGGCCUGGGAGGGAGGAGGGGGCAAGGGAGCAGUAGGAAAGAUGGACCCCACAAAGGUUUGCUUCAAAUCGUCAAUUAAAGAAAUAAGCUCCGUGUCUCUAUGUGGGCAGAGAGGCCGUGGGGUUCUAUGCACCCACAGUCUGGGUGGAUCUGCAGGUGUCGACGUAGAGGUUUGCUCACCCACCAUUAGUUGGUGUAGAAGUGGGGGGGCAUCGAGGCUUCUCCCAAGACCUCCAACUGUGCCUGCCCCACCAGCCUGCCCAGGGCCUAGGGCCUAUGCCUAGGGGCUUCUUGCAUCCUGAGACCUUUCUAUACUCUCUCCAUGCUCUGAAAAAUUCCAAGAAAUGUGAAACUUGGUGGGGGAUGGGGACCAGAAGGGGUCUAAAGGGAAAACCUUUGAUAGCCUUGGAAAUUUGAGGAGCUACAGGCCUGGCCCUUGAGGCUCAGCUGUUCUCAAAGCCCCAUCCACCCACCCCUCCCUUACCACCACCCCCCUGGAAUGGGACUUCUCUGUGUUAAGUGUUCGUUUGCAUCUCUAUUUAUACCUCUCAGCAUUGGUGUCCUCCAGUUGUCCUAUCUGUGAAGUUCUCCCUCCCCUCUUUGUCUGGGGCCAGUGACUUUUGGCUGCCUUCCCCCCCACCACCCCGGCCAGUUUACCCAGAACCCCGUUAUCUCCUCCCCAUCUCCUCUCUCUUGCUCUAAGCUACACCUCACAAUCUCCCCACCCCAGUCCUUGUUUUAUAUUGUUUUUGCAUGGCUUUGCAAAGAAGGAACAUGGAGCAGAGGCAAAAAAGAGAGAGAGAAAAAACAAAGGGAGUGUCUUCCAGUGCUUGUGUCUGAGACCCAAGCUGGGGUUUUUGAGUGAAAAACUCAGCCACAAUUCUCAUAGUGGAAGGGCUUAGUGUGUUUCCUUGGAGGUGGGGAUGGGUAGUGAUCCCCAUUUCAAUGCCUGGCCCUUGCUGACUCAGCCAACCAUUUCUCCUGAAACUCUUUGCCUGCCUUCCUGCCCCAAAUGCAUACCUCCUACAUCUCCAUGUCACCAAGGCAAUUUUGGAGCAAAAGUCCAAAGAUGUCAUCCAGCUCCAGGGCCCUGGGGCCUUACAACUGCUACCCUUCAAAGAGCAGGCAGCUUAUUGGCUAGUCAGCAAGGCCUUUUCCCAGAUCAGAACAGCACUUGUGUAGGCAUGGGACCCUUAGGACCUCCACAUCUGAAGCUGCCUGUAGAUGGGGGAGCCCUCAGUGAGGGGACCUUAGUGUCUUUCAACUAUUUUUGAGGCAGAACUUCUGAAACCCCAAACCCACAAUCAAGGAAACAGGGGAAAGGGGAAAGCAGGUAACAACAGAAAAACGAGAGUGGAGUCCACCUUGGCCCUCUUUCCUGGAACCGAGUCCUUCAGCCUUUCCUCACUACUUGCCACCCCAAUUCCUGACCAAAUCAAUGUAGCCACGGCUGCUUUUGAGCAGGGCCAUGAUACCAAGCCAGAUUUCCUGGUUCGGGAAAUCAAAGACCUGGGACUACAGGAGGGCUAGCAGUGGAAGCCUGAAAAGGAGGCAGAUUCAUCAUUCUGUUGAUGUAGCCUUUGUCUGGCAGGCAAAGUUCGGCUCUGCCUUUGCCUAGGUAGGCACAUCUGCUCCCUUCAGAUGGGCAAUAGAUGCCCGUCUGUCCAGUGACAGGGUAGGAAAAAUUGUUCAAGCUCCAAACAGGGAGAAGAGCUGCCAAACAGGAAGGGGGCACGCACCUCCCCAGCAUGGCUGGCCUCCCUGCCGCCUCCAAGUACUGCAGGCUUUUUUGGACAGAGCUGUCCCAAUCAGUACCUUACCCUUAGAAUAGAACAAAUCUCAACAAAUGACAACAGAGCUGUGUGGUGACUCAGGGUACCAGCAGGUAGGAGGAGACAGAGAUGGAGCAGUCUGCUGGUGCCAGCAAUGACCCAAGGCACUCAUAUCCACGCAGACUGUAACCACUUGCCAGCUGCUGACCUUCCCCUCUCCCCAGGGCAGUAGGGAUAAGUCUGGGGGCCUGCCUGGAAGUGAGGCUUUGUUCUCCCCUAUCUUCUGCAGACAACCCUCAGGCAGGCUGUGUGCUCCCCUUCUUUGUCUUCUCCUCCCUUUUAGUAACAGGAUCACCUGUCUCCUCACCACCACUCCUAAUGUUUCAGCUCUUGGCUCCAGUGAUCAAGGCCUCUGGCCUGGGUAUGCGCUGUCACCAGCAUUCACCGCUGUGGAAACAUUAGGUGGGAUUUGCACCAGGUUGCACAUCCAGGAGGGGUGGCCAUGGUUGGAGGCUGAGGAUUGAUUUAUUUCAAGUUAUUGACUAAAUAUGUUAGAGGAGGCUUUUAGUCGGCUUGCUACCAGAGCCUGCACUGCAGCCCCAGGGAAAGAAAAAGAGGCAAAAGUGAGACCCAACCUCCUGCCUCAACCCAGACAAUCCAGUACCCACAGGUGCCUCCCGGUGUGUAGGGAGGCAGGAAGAAAACGUUAGUCAAGGAGUAGAAGGAAGUCUGCCCCCAAGGGAAGGAUAAAGCUUUUGUCCCAUCCCACAGAGCAGAGGGUCAGUCUCUGUGUGCAUGACUGUUAGACUGGCUAUCCACAUGCCUGCAGAAGAAGCAAUAAAAAAAUGGUGAGGAAAGGAUUGGGUGUCCCAGGGCUACAUGGGGAGAUGCCCUUCCCUCCCAAGUACCCCUUCCUCUCCUUUUGUCUCGUCUGUAUAUCUGUAGGACUGGAUGCGUCCAUCCUGUGCAUAAUCCACAGGUCCAUCCUGUGAGAUGCCCUAUCCCACAAGUCCUUGAAAGCUGCCCCUACUCCCCUGAAGCACAACAGACAUGGGGGCACCCCACUUUUCCAUCAGGGAGCACCAGAUACAUGGGAUCGGCAAAUUCAGGGAAAUGAUGGGGGAAAGAAGACAAAGAGGGGAAGGGGAGCAACUGCGGAAUGUCAAGGGUCCUUAACCAGGAAUGAAAGAGACAUGGAUAAGUGAUGGUGUCACUCUCCUGUCCCCUUGUCCCUUCUGCUUACCCCUACUCAAACUCCUCUCUUUUUGCAGGUAGCCUCUCUGCUUCCCUGAUGCCUUAUCCCUGGGCACACUGCCAAUUAAAUAUGCAAUACAUGUGGGAACCCCACCCCUCACCUUUAGUUCCCUCACCUCAGCCUCUGAAACCAUUGUCCUCCAGAGGGCUGGAGACUCAGAGGCAUCCUCUCAACUCUCCCUACCUAUCCGUCUUCACACUAAGAAUGGCAACUAAUAAAUUCUGUACAUUCAGACCAGGGACAGCCUCUGGCUACUUCUGUCCCCUUUGCCCUGGAGGCUAGACCUCCAGUCAGGUUUGGCAGAGGGAAGGGUCGACCCCAUGCUUAUCCCAUGGCCCAGUGCUCUCUUGCUGGCUACCUUGGGCCCAUUGACAAAAGCAACAUAUGGGACCAGGGAGGGCAAGUCUAACCCAACACAGGAAGACAGUCUGUUUGUUCUGAGGACUCAGGAUUCCCAGGUGUUCUCAUGGCUUGUUUCACCCACUGGCAUACUCCUGACUGAGCAGCCUUCCCUGCACGUGAGUUACCCGACAAGGUCCCUGCCAUCUGGAAUCUUCCACUCUUCUCUCUGGUCUAGACUCUCAUGGCAGAGGUGAGCUGUCUGGCAACCAACCUCAUUUAAAACAGUCAUAGCAGGGUGACCAGGGAAACAAGGAAGGUUCUCUAUAGAGGAGAGAUGGGAAGAUGGCAUGUUUCCUCAGCUGUCCCCAUUUGCUUUUAUGCCAGGAUGAGGCACAAUGAUCUAGGGAUCAAGCUGCUGGCUUGUUUCACUGACAACUCCUA